AACUAACCUUUCAUCUUUUGCGUAGAAAAAACCAAAGCAACCCUUGUUGUGAUUCUAACCUUGUGCAGAGAAAGAAGAAGCAGGGGAAGAGAAUCGAGAGGUCUUCAUCUUCUGCCAAGAUGCCAAGAACCCAAUCACCUAAAAUUGACGGCCUUAAAGAAUUAGAAGGUUUGGGAAGACCUGUCACUCUUGAGCUGAUAGUGUAUCCCGGAGAGGAUGUGGUCACAAAGCUAUUGAAGGUUUGGAAAGCAAGCAAUUACUCUAGCUAUGUAGUUUCAGCCUUUGGUCAUAUAUCAAAAGCUGCAAUUGGCAAACCAAGCUCAGAUAUGUUUCAUAUAUAUGAUGGACACUUUGAGAUUCUGUCUUUGUCUGGAAGUUGUUGUGUGAAUCAAGAAGAUGGUUAUGCAGAUUGGAGUCUGGGCAUCACUUUGGCUGAUUCUGAUAGUGAUAGAGAGGCUUUUGGUGGCACCUUCAUCAAUACAUUAAUAGCUUCUGGCACUGUAUCUGUUGGUAUAUUGAACUUUGUGAAAGAAGAGGAAAAGAGCACCGAGAAAAACUGCGAUGAAACUGGAAUGUUUUUUGAGAAGAAGAAGCAGGGGAAGAGAAUCAAGAGGUCUUCAUCUUCUGCCAAGGAUAAAAAAAUUGAUGGCCUUAAAGAAGUAAAAGUUUCUGGAAGCAGGCCUAUCCUUUUUGAGUUGACUGUGUAUCCCGGACAGGAUGUGGUCGCAAAGCUAUGGAAGCUUUGGGAAGCAAGCAAUCGAUCUAGCUAUAUAAUUUCACCUUCAGGUCAUAUAUCAAAAGCUGCAAUUGGCAAACCAAGGACAUUUUGAGAUUCUGACUCUCUCUGGAAGAUGUGUGAAUGAAGACAGUGACAUAGAGGCAUUUGGUGGCAGCUCCAUCAAUACAUUGAUAGCUUUUGACACUGUAUCUCUUCUUAUGCUGAACUUUGUGAAAGAAGAGGAAAAGGGCACCGAGAAAAACUGCGAUGAAACUGGAACUUCUGCUAAGUCUUCCUCUACAACUGGUGGUGUUGGUGGUGUGCUGAUGUCCCUGCUCCUUGCCCUUGGGAAGAAAAUAAUGGGAUUCUUUUCGAAUCCGAUGGUCAACGAGAGUGAUAAGGAAAAACUAAUUUGAGAACAAUGUGAUUAGUUUGAUUUCCAAAAGGAUUACCUUUUUCGCUUGAGGAUAGCAUAUGAUUGUAUG